GUUGCUCUGGUGUUGUGCGUCUGAACAGUCGUGUACCCCGUUCGGGUGCGCUCGAAUAUCGCUCGUAAACUUUUCGGUUUUCGUGCCAUGUGUGUUUGUGAACUGAUAUGGAUGUGAUGUGAUACCGUGAUAUGAAAAGUUGAACAACAUGACCGUACUUCUUGUUUUGGGACUUUUUGUUGUGAUCGCAACAGCGCACAACAUAACGUUCCUGGAAGUCCCUCGGUAUGGUGACCCUCGUCGGGAUGUCAACCUCAACUGUCACUAUAUGAGUGAGAGAGGGGACCCAGACCUUCAUUCAGUCAAGUGGUAUAGAGGAACGCAUGAGAUUUUCAGAUAUACACCGGGUCAACAGCCAGCGACCAGAAUAUUCAACACAACGACCACGGGUGUAACUAGGAGUUCCUGCAACCAGCACAGCUGCGCUAUCUUUGUAGCCCUGCCGAAGACCAUCAACACGAAGAUAUCCUUCACGUGUGAGGUAUCCACCGAGGGGCCCAGGUUCGCGGUGGUGAAGCAAAUGAAGAAUCUCACUGUGGCUGUGACAUUGAAAGAUGAUCCGGUCAUCGAAGGUAUAACGGGCAGCGUGCAAAUGGGAGAGGACGUUACACUCAACUGCACGACGACGCCGGCGAACCCGCCUGCAAACUUAGCUUGGUUCAUCGAUGGAAAGCCAGAGAGGAUAGAACCCUGGAUGCUCAACUACACUCAAGUCUCCGCACCGGACGAGACUGGCCUCCGCUACAGCUGGCGUUCCAUCAGAUUCCGUGUGAACACGGUGAGAGGCCACAUGGGAGUGAGAUGUGAGGCCACGCAGCCAACAUGGCCGCCGUUUUUGCGCGCCACCAACGCCACAGUGCAGGUGGCGCGGUCGCCGCAUCUACUUUCUUCUUAUUUAUCGGCUUCUGGUACUGCCAGCCCCGUCAUCGCAUUGGUAGCCCUAAUAAUGUGCAUGUCAGUACAUAUUAUUUUCUAAAUACAGUGCCUUGAUGAAGUCUAGUCGACUCGGUCGAUAUAAGUCGGUGUAUGAAGUAGUUAUAGGUAGUUAUCAAUUGUUCACCUAAAGUUUGCACUUUGAGAAAACUGUUGUUCAUUAAAUUUUAUUCUAAAAAUUAUGUACGCAUAGUAAAGCCGAUAAGAUUAAAUAUUUCAAGAAGUCACAUUUUUCCAUUUUUAAAAUUGACAACGUUCCUUAUUCAAAAUCUGAAAAAUAAAUUAUCAGUUCUCUUAGACUUUCUUUUGAGGAAUCCAUUCGAACACAUUUUUUUAAAUAGCAGAUUUUAUUUGCACUACUGGCUGAAAGAAUGUUUUUGUUAUUCCAUUUUUAAAUAUAAUUCAAGAAGAAACAUUCAGAAUAUAACGUCGCGAAGCAGUCGUAAAAUGUAAGGUAUAUGAAUAAAAUAAAAGCUCACGAUGCUCGUUCCUUUUAUUUCCUUCACUACCAUUUGCGUUACUUAGGCACUAAAAUUUAUUUCCAGGGUAGAUAGAAAGAAGAAUAAUAAAUCACCAUUGACCAUUCUCUCUCUAUAGAGUGCAUAUAUUAACAUUGCUUAAAUAAAUCUUAUAGAAAA